CUUAAGACUUAGUUGUGAUCCGUCUUUCGCGUGGGAUACGUGUGCUUACGUGAGGCUUAAUUUUUUUUAUCGAAUUCCGAUUUUAUCGUAUAUUACACCGCAGAUAAAAUUUUAGUUUGAUUAGUUUAUCGGGUUUAUCGGUGUGUCGGUGGUUUUUUUUAUUUUGGUAAACAUUUUACGUAAUAUGUGAUUGUUUAUUUUGUUUGCAAAUAAUUUGCUGUGUGGAUGCGGCAUUUAUAUUAACCCCAAAACAAAGUGUGUAUCCUCAACGACAAAACAAUAAAAUUUAUCAACAAACAUCAAAACGUCAAACACUUUAUUGUUUCAACGUUUGACUUUGGUUUUAAUUGAAUACAAACGCCAAAACAAAAUUUUCGGAAUGGCGUUAAACUCGACAGAAGCACUUAUGUCCGGAUUUUUGAAAUCAUCCGAAAUUCCACACCAUCACCUAGCAUAUGGAGCCGCACAUUCACAUCAUUCGUCGCAAUUGCCACCGGGAAUGCCAAUGACAAUGCCAUUCAGUUUGCCGCAUGGUCUCGAUGGCUUCGGCCAAGGUGUGUGGGGUGUUAAUCCUAGAAAACAACGAAGGGAACGAACAACGUUCACACGUGCCCAAUUAGAUGUAUUAGAAUCGUUAUUCGGAAAGACAAGAUAUCCGGAUAUAUUUAUGCGAGAGGAAGUAGCACUAAAAAUAAAUUUGCCAGAGUCACGUGUACAGGUAUGGUUUAAAAAUCGUCGGGCCAAAUGCCGUCAACAGCAGACACAUCAACAAUCCACAAAUGUGUCAAACACUUCCAAGUCAUCGAAUUCGGCGUCGGGAGCGUCUGCCAAUAACAGCGUCAGCGGUUCAGUCGGAUCGAAGUGUCGCCAACAGCAGUCCCAUCAACAGUCAUCAAAUAUCUCAAAUAGUUCCAAGUCAUCAAAUACCGCUUCCGGAUCUUCGUCCAAUAACAGAGUCAGCGGCAAUGUUGGUGGCAGCGGUAGCGUUGGCGGCAGUGUCGGAGGUGGUGGAAAUGUGGGAGCCGGCGGAAUUGGCCUGAAUUCGUCGCCCAUUUUACCGAUGACACCAGCAACAUCAGUUAGCCCGCCUGCAAAUAUGACAAAUUCCGGCAGUAGAUUGACCGGAGACAGUAUGCGAACUUCACCGUACAACACAAUCAACACGUCGCCAUAUUCCGUCAUCAAUCCGCGAACCGGUCAAACUGGCGGUAAUCUGACGCCAUUAGGAUCCAAUUCAACUGUUAUGUCAACGCCAUCACCUCCAAACACUCCGCAAGCGAACCAGUUCGCCUAUCAUCAUCCGAAUCAUCCGGACUAUUUCUGGAACCAUCAGUACCCACAAUAUCAGAACAAUUACACGUCGCAAUAUUACACAUCGAUGGACUAUUUGAACAAUCAAAGUUCGGCCAGCUAUAACAUGGGCCAUUCCGGUUACGGAUUGGCUUCGACACCGUCGUCGAUGGGCGCUCAGGCGUUUUCGCCGAAUGGGCUCGACUAUGUUGUGUAGAAGAUGGCCAGAAAUCGAUUAAGAAUGUUAAGGUGAGCCCGAGGAGACACACAGAGAGAACACGGUGAAAAGCGGAUGAAAAGUAAGAAGAAGGAGAAGAAGAAACAAAUUAAAAGUAAAGUAAAAUUCUGAGCAUUUAUAAAUAUAAAAUUGUAUAUAAUCAUGAAAAAUUAUUGAAUUAAUUAAUGAAAUUUCAUUAGUUUAAGAGAAAUCGAACUGUGAAAUAAUUCCGCAACAAUAAACUUUUUCCUUUAAAAAAAAAGAAGAAAAUUUCGCAUUGGACGCAUCGUAAUGUCGAAAAGUGCAAGGACUUUUUCGUUUUGUUGUUACACUUUUCGGCGCUAUGAAAAUCCAUUAAAAAAUUUCCUCCGCCACUUCCCUAUCAUCUCAUUUAAAUUUAGUCGGAUUAAUUUUCCAUUGGUGACGUCUAUUAUAAAAGUAAUGUACAAAGAACGACAUCACACAGGAAAAAGUUCAUUGUCGCGCGCAUUAUUUUAUUUAUAUUUUCCCUCCCCAUUUUUUGUAACAUUUUCAUUUUAUCAAUUUUUUUUUACUUUAUUAUUACUCUCUCAUUAUAUAAAAAAGAAAAAUGAAGAAAAAGACAAAAAUAAAUUUAAAACAUAAAAUGAGACCCGUACGAAAGUGUUGUGUAUUCAAUAUUCCUGUUCUUCAUGUUACCUUGAAAAUACACACUCCAUCGCUUCAUUUAAACUUCUCUUCGAAUUGCUCAAAUCAACGCACUCCAAGACAAACCAACAGAUUUUUUUAACUGUCAAUUGACCUCUUAUUUUGUAUGGAACGUCCGUAACGCAGUGGCAUGUUCCAACAUAAAAAAAAAUUGAAUUUACUUGAGAAUUUUGGACUGGAGUGCGUUGCUUAAAUGCACCGAGAGGCAUUAGUCGUAUUAGUGAAUUAUAAGAAAAAUUAAAUUUAAUUAUUUUUACUGGUUUCUUUAAGCUACAAUAUGAUGUAAAUAGGUAGAACAUGUUUGAGAUUAUUGAUCGAAACAAAAAAUGAAAAGUAAAAAAAAAGCAAAUUUCAUUUUUCUUAUAGUUCGAUAAUGAGACACAUCCCCUUUCAGCAUUUAACUACUCAUUAAAGUUACUCAAAGCAACGCUGGUCCCGUCCGGAGUUAGAGUGUACCUAUCCGUAAAUGGGUAUAGCCCAGUACAGAUGUCUUUGACGGCAACUCUGUAAUUAUCAUUUGGGAAUAGUUAUUUACGUAUCUGUGGUGGACGGUAUAUUUUAGGCAAUCUCGCGAGUUGUAGCCCGAACGAAAGCCCGACAAGCAAAAGUUCCUAAAAUAGACCGUCCACAACAGAUGCGUGUACAACCUUUCAUGCUGAGGGCCUAAUUUACGAAAAAAAAUCCGUAAUUUAUGCCCAAGGCAUGAAAUAGUAUUUUACAUGACUAAGGAUAAUAAGAUGAAAAGUGGAGUUUUCGUAAGAAUUUUGUCAAAAAACACACGAAAAUGAGACUUUUCAUUUUUAUCUCGAGUUAUGUAAUGGAUUUUACAUGCUGAGGGCUUCGAAAGAAGUGCUUGAAACAUGAAAAGUGCGGUUUUCGACGCAUGUAGCAUGUAAAACAUAUUGUACCAACUGUUUCUCUGGGUUCAACAAUGGAAUUCUUACUUCUACAAAUGAUUUAAAUCAUUACCAGUAUUUUCAUGAAAUUGGUGACAAUGUGAUGGAAAUAUUGGUAAUUAUUUAUAAUGCUCACCCUGAAAUAAUGAACGCUCGAAUAUCAUUUCGGCGCAAGAUCUUUCAAUUUUACUGAAAUCCAAUAUGUCGGCUGUCAGACAUUUUCUUGGGUAGCCGAAGCUCGCACCACCGAGUCAUUAUUUAUCUUUCAAAGAAGAAAAUCAUGACAAUCAGCUGUCAACGUUUACUUCAUUUGUCUAUUUGAAAACUUGAAAAAGCCCUAAUACUAUCUGGACGGUUAAACGCAAGUUUUCAUGUUCAAACAAGGGCUUAUUUUUGAAAAUCUUGAACCAAAAAAUUAGAAUUUCAAAUUUUUCAAAAUUUACAAAAAAAAUAAGCCUUGUGUUGGAACUUAGCCUAUUCUUAGGCCAUUCAGAAAGCAUUUACCGAAAUCGGAGAAUUGUGUGGAAGAAAAAUUUUGCAGACAUUCUGAGGAACAUUUUUUUGUUGUCUUGCGGCCAACGACUGUGUAAACAAAAACCAAUUCUUUACAUUUUCAGGCCUACAAAAAAAAAACAAAAUAACAUAAUGUCUCGCUGAGAUUUAUUUCGACGUCUUGGUAUAUUCCUCGUCUUCGGCUCGAAAUAUAACCUUCCAACUCAACAAAAAAAAGACCUAAAAAUGUCCCAGCGAGACAGUAAUGUACUAUUACUGAGUUGGCAUUUCUAAGCAACCGGAAAAGAUUUCCCAUUACUCAGUGAUACGAGAACGUAGUGUUACAAUUGGUAAAGUGGUAAACGAAUUUAUAGGCGCCAUGCACUUCGUACGGGUCUAAAACGUGACAGAAAAUGUUAAUUUUCAUUUCAAAAUAUUUUUGGCGGCGUAUGGAUAAAAUGAUAUCAACUGAUUCAUAUCAUCAAAUUAAAAAAAAAUUGUAUUCUUUAUAAAUAAAAAAAGCAAACAAAAAAAAUGAAUGAAAAAUAAAAAAUACAAAUUGUUAUUACAAGAAAAAAAAAGUAUAUUAUUAGUAGUAUAAUCUGUGCAAUUUUUUGUAAAAAUAUGUGCGUGCUAAUUAUUUUGAGUGAAAUUAUUAUUUUAACGAAAAAUUUCUUU